AUGGGAGCAAAUUGUUCUCUUUUGCCAGUUGCAUGUUCAUUUUGUGGUCAGUCUAAAAAAGAGAAAGCUGUACAGGUUUUGGAUGAAGUUUCCAUCACAGGAAUUGUAAAUUAUAUAAAAUCUGACAAAUGUCAAAAAAUAGUUGUAAUGGCAGGUGCUGGCAUAUCAACAUCUGCGGGAAUUCCAGAUUUUCGUUCUCCAGGUUCUGGAUUAUAUGAUAAUUUGGGAAAAUACAAGUUACCUCAUCCGCAGGCAAUAUUUGCAAUUGAUUAUUUUAAAGAAAAUCCCGAGCCUUUUUUUCAUUUGGCCAAAGAAUUAUUUCCCGGUUCGUAUAAACCUACCGUUGCUCAUUAUUUCGUUCGAUUGCUUCACGAAAAAGGUUUACUUCUACGACAUUACACUCAAAAUAUAGACGGUUUGGAAAAAUUAGCCGGGAUUCCUUCGGAAAAAGUUGUCGAAGCUCACGGAACGUUUUACACGUCUCAUUGUUUAUCUUGUAAAAAAAAAUAUUCAUUGGAAUGGAUGAAAAAUAAAAUUUUCACAGAAAAAGUGCCAUUGUGUGAAGAUUGCAAAGGCGUCGUGAAACCGGAUAUUGUUUUUUUCGGCGAAAACCUUCCAAAUCGAUUUUUUUCCCUUUCCGAAGAGGAUUUUCCCAAAGCUGAUUUACUCAUUAUUAUGGGUUCUUCUUUAGCCGUUCAACCCUUUGCUUCAUUAGUUGACAGAGUCAAUUCUAAUUGUCCCAGAUUACUUCUUAAUAGGGAAAAAGCAGGGCAGAAAGAUAAAUUCAUGUCUAUUUUCGGAUUGGGGGGUGGUCUGGAUUUAGAUUCCGAUAAAAAUUACAGGGAUGUCGCGUUUUUAGGGGAUUGCGACGAACUAUGCGAACAACUUGUGGAUUUACUCGGUUGGAAACAAGAAUUCGAUGAAAUUAUUAAAAAAAGUGACGAACAAGAAAAUUACAUGAAAUCUAAAGGAGAGCUUUUUAAAUUUGACAUGAGUAAUAUGAGAAAUAUUGUGUGA